CCUCGGCCGAAGCAUCUGCCGCUCCCGCGGGUGCCGACCUGCAGCGGGGCGGCCUGGAGCCGGCGAGGUCGCCGUCCGCAAGACCGCAACAGUAACCCUGCCACUUUUUGCAAAUUAGCCCUUCAUUUGGGUCGCGAUUAUUAAUUACGGUCCGAAUAUUUUCAGGAAACUUCUUGACUAUUUUCAGAAAACCCCCUAUUUUGGUAAAUCACCCUCGUGUGCGCCGGCGGCGGCGGCGGCAUGCAUUUGCCGGCAAGCCGCUGCCCGUGACGCAUGCGGAGCGCGCGUUCAGAGCUCCCUCUCCUCGUGGACGCCCUGGAGCUUCUCCUCCCGGCCUCCCUGCUUGUCUUCCCACCGCCUCUCCACGUGAUAUUCGCGUGAAUUCACCGUGUUCUCCAGCCUCAAUCUCGCAACAAAAUAAUCAAAUCCAGCUGCUGGUUUGGGCGAGGGCCUCCUUUGAGUGAGAUCCAAUCCUUAAUUGGGUGCUCUUUCUUCCUGUGUUCUCCACAAAAAAAAGUCGUGGUUCUUCCCAUGCCCGUCUUCACUCUUCUCUCCCGGUCUCCCCGCUCGCUCCGUCAGUGGUUGCCGUUGCUCCCGCGGCAUCACGUGCUCUCUAAAACGGAACCUCGCGACGGCGUUUCAUCGUUAAAACAAAACUAGUCAUGGAUGGCAAGAGUUUCGGCCUGAGUUGUUCCUUGGGUAUGGAGGAUGACAGUCUAAACUUGUCACGGUUUCUGGACAAACUUUUCAGAGAGUGGGAGGAUCGCAAGGCAAGGGGAUUGUUUCACCAUGACAUCAGCUGCUGUGAGACUAAGGUAUUACCUGGAGAACACAACUUUGUGGCAACAUUAAUAGAAGGGCGUGAUCAAAAGAAACGGCCAACAGAAUUUGGAAUGAACCAAGUCCUCCAGCCGUUUGAUAGUGGGAAGUUCAAUUUCACAAAAGUUAGGCCAGAGGAAGUGAUCUUCAGAUUCUGUGAAACUGAUAAAGACUCUGCCCAGUAUUUGGGUGGUGCUCCUGAUACUAUUUCAGCUUCUUCUAGCGCCAUUUUGAUUAAUGUGAGUCCAAUUGGUUACUGCCAUGUGCUUUUGACCCCCAAAAUCCAAGAUUGUUUGCCGCAAAGGAUUGAUGAAGAGAGCUUCUUAAUAGCCAUGUAUGUUGCAAGGGAGGCAAGGAAUCCCUUCUUCAGAGUUGGUUAUAACAGUCUGGGUGGAUUUGCAACCAUCAACCACCUUCACUUCCAGGCAUACUACUUAAAAGUAAAGUAUCCAGUUGAAAAGGCAACCACAGAGAAGCUCACAACCCUUGUCAAUGGUGUGAGCAUUGCUCAGCUGGUGGAUUAUCCAGUGAGUGGUUUUGUGUUCGAAGGUGGGGCAAGUCUCUUGUAUUUGUCAGAUGUGGUUGCGAGAGUCUGCAUCUUCUUGCAAGAGAACAACAGACCUUUCAAUGUCCUUAUCUCUGAAUCUGGCAACAGAGUUUUCCUCCUACCACAGUGCUACGCGGAGAAGCAGCUCCUCGGAAAGGCGAGCCAAGAGUUCCUUGAAAUGAGAAUCAAUCCGGCAAUCUGGGAGCUCAGUGGCCAUUUGGUACUGAAGAGGAAGAAGGACUACGACGAAGCCUCUGAGCCAAACAUAUGCAGAUUUUUGGUUGAAGCGGCUCUUUCUGUAACAGAAUACCAAGAGCUGAAGCGAUGUGUGCUGGACUUCCUGGCCGUCUCUUAUGCUUGUAAUUCGGAUAUAGAUUCCUAAAGAGUGUUGACUGUUUUGAGUACUGCAUUCAUAACUGUUAUGAUGUUAUGUCUUGCGUUUGUGAUUUUAUUGUUUAUGUCAGCAAUGAGAA